AUGGAAAGAGGGAUGGUCCGUGUUCCUUUCGAUCAGUUGGCCUUGCAAACUUUGGUAAGUGAAUAUUUUGUGAUCGAAGGUUAAAAAAUGGGCGUUGUCGAGAUACAAGGCUUAGUUUGGUGCCGGGUAGGACGAGAUUUACAACAGGACAAAGCCGCAACGCCCGUAGAAAAUUUGAAUUUUCUGGGUGAUCUUGCAAAGAUAAGUUUUAAGACGUUGUAUCAGUCUGCUGUGAAAAUAUAAUAGUAAGCACAAUGUCGCUACGCCAACCGCGUCGCUGAAGUGAAAAGUAAUUUGAUUUUGUCGCGAUACAGUUCAUUUUCUCGACGGCGGUGCGAUUUCCGAUGCGACAUUGUGCUCAUUAUUUUCCCGACAGACUGAUAUGCAAUUUUAUCCGUAAUACUUUUAAGAAAGGCUUGGCGGUCUCAAAAUUUCUGACAUUUUAGUUCCCUGACUGACAAUAAAACUUUCAGUUUUUUUCCAGAACAACGCCUUGUUUGCCACAAAUUGCUACGCGUGUUGUUUUCAACUUCCUCUUCUAAUCAUUGGAUUUAUUCUGAAAGACUCGCAUGCAGAAUGGUUUUGGAUACUCAACACUUGUCUUCAGCUGCCAUUUUCGGUAAGACUCUCUUUAUUAUCUAAAAAAGAUCUUCCCUUAAUUAAGGCGACAGUUUUCUUCCUCAACGGUCUAAUUAUCACUGAAUGUGCUCUGCGUUAUGGCAAAACGCCAGAAGACAUUCAAGCCCAAAAAGAUGAGAGUCUCUGGGAGGAGAUAAAAGAUGUUAUCGUUCAUGAUUUGUUGAAAGAUCUAGAGAACUUCACUGAUGUGGUGAUGACAAAAGAGGAGUCUCUUCAAUUGCGACCUGGCUUCAUUGGGAAGCUCGCCAUGAAUGUGGCAUUUUUAUUAUUCUUUGGCUUUUGGUUCGUCGAAGAGAUUUGUCAUCCAUUCUCGGCUUAUGGCUUUACCAAACCUCACCAAAUCAAUGAUCAGUAA